AUGUAUGCCGUAUCCGACUUGUGGAACGAUGUGUCAGGCGAAGCUAGCUGGGAGUGGAUUGACUAUAACGUCAAUCCUAUUCAUCAGCCUCCAGACAUCUCAUAUAAGCAGUUUAAUAUUGGGACUGUGAACUCAACUGUUUUAACAACAAUUAACAUCACCGAGCUAAAUACCUCUUACAAUAUUGUGGGCCUCCCAGAAAAGAACAACGCCUUGCUGGUAGCCAACUUAUCCGUGACAGCAACACAGCCCAACGCGAGGAUAAGCACAAAGACACAUUACUCUCAUCUAAUUUCUUCACGGCUGCACCACUCAGCGAGGCCAAGAUAUUCGAACCAGGCUCAGAGAUUCGAUGGAUUGACAAUGGUAAUGGAAAUGACAACGCUUUUGAGUCAAUAG